UCAACCCAGUGAGAAUGAUCCACGAGCUAGAACGGGUGCUUCCAAUGGUUGGCCACCAAUAAAUAGACGAGACGAGACGAGAAUGAUUAUGAAAACAAACGAAGUUUAAUAGGUGUCAUAGUAAAUAUCACACAAUUGUCACAUCAAUUUUUUCUUAUAUAAAAAAAAAAAAUAGUUAAAUUUGUAUUACAAUGUAGUUUACCCUAGCCAUUAAUAAGUGGAGAAACCCAUUUUUUAUUUUGGCAGAUCUAAGAGGGCCACCGGCUACGACGAAGAGGACUUACGAAAUCGCGGCAUCCAAUGAAUCAGUAGAACAAGAAGGAAAAAGAAGGGGGCUUCAUCCAAAACUGAGUAUAAACGUAGGCCACCAUGGCAACCAUGCGCGCGACAACCGCAGUGCCAUCUCCGUCUCCAAUCCCCACCGGCAAGGGAUCAUACUCCGCAGCAAACGAGACCUUCAUCAAACACCUCAAAAACUCGCUGCAACCUCCGAAGCUGGAAUUUCCAGUGAGAACACAUCAUCUGGUUCCAGCUGAAAUCCAUAUCCGAUCGCUCGUGUCGAGAGGCCGCGGGUCUGUUGAUAGGCUCUUGAGGUCGGCCGGGGAGUUUGGUGCAUGUCGGAUCAGUGGCCACGGGAUAUCGAGCGAGGAGUUACGGUCGUUGGUGGAAGAGGCCGAGGGCGUCUUCCGUAAUUCGUGUUUCGUGGAGCGGAAAGGAGGUAAUCGGGAAGAGAUUGCGUUGACUCCUACUCAGCACUGGGAGGGAGAAUUUACCUAUCCCAAGUUCAGCCAAAUUAUGGAGAAUGUUGCAAGUAAACUUGAUGCAGUAGCCAAACAGUUGAUUCAAGUUCUCACAGAAAAUGCGGAUGAUAAGAAAUUUUGGAAGGUUAUGCAAGAUCAGAAAGAAGUCGUCGCUGUUACCUUGUACAGACACCAUCACAACAAUGAUCUCCUCGAGGAGCAAGAUCCAAUUCCAGUACCGUUGCCAAAUAAUCAGAGAAACGACAAAUCGUUUGGUGAUGAUCAUGAUCAUGCUCUGAGCUUCCACCUUCCCAUGGAGCAAUGUCAAUUUUAUAUUCAAUCCAAGCGAGGUCUUCUGUCUUUCAAAGAAGGCCCAGACAGGAUUGUUGUUAUUAUUGGAAAACAGCUUGAGGAAUGGAGUCAACAGGGAGAAUUCAAGUGCGUUUCUGGGGACAACACUAAUAUUAUUCAUCAAGAUGGAGGUGUCCAAGGAACCCAACCCUUUUACACUCUAGAGCUCAAGUAUUCAUCUAAUUAGUUUAAUCUACAUUAAUAUUGAUAAAUAACAAUUUUCACAUGAGGAAAAAGACACGAAUGAUUUCACUCAACCAUAUUAUAUCAUAACGUACGUUAUAAAACAUGAUAAUGCUCCUAAAUGUUAAUGUCGAUAUCAUUAGUCUUCAAGGGUA